AUGUCGUCGAACCAUUCCGAAACGGAUGGUAUGGAAUUCACGGAGGGAGUCCCUCCAGCCGUAGAAGAGACGGGUACUUCCUCUAACGUAAGCAAGGUCGUAAAGGAAACUACAGCUGCGGCACUUCGUGCGAUCAUCGCGGAUCUUUCGCAGCAAUUAACUAGACUACGGCAAGAAGCUUCGUCAAAAGAGAAGAUCGCUCAAGACGCUAAGAAGGAGAUCAAAGAAAUUGAAGACCAACUCCGAGCAUUGCUUAAUGAGUCGUCAACGUCAACGGAAGAGACCAUCCGUGCACCUUCGGUCGUCACCGCUGGACCGUCAGCCGUCGUCGCGCAGACCGUGAAGCAGUCUAGUGUCGAUCAGCAACAGUCUGGUAAAGAACUCGUUGGAGGCGCUGGCAGAUGGAUCGAAAAAGGAAAAUGCAAAUUUGCUUGUGGAUCCACAACCCAUCAAUUCGCAAGUGAUUGUGAUGUUUAUCCGACCUUGUCAGACCGUAGGGACAGAAUGCGUGAGCUGAAAUUGUGCUUCAACCAGCUUCUCGGAUCAUGCAUGAGGGUCACCGAACACCAGAUUUUCGGUCGGGUGAUCCAUGAGGGAUACUCGUUACCUGCCAGUUGA